UGACUCGCCUCUGACGCAUUAUAUGAAGCUGGCGGAACAAAGACUUUGGUCUGAAGGGGUUAUUGGCAGAAUUUAUGUUAAUAAUGCACCUGACUUUGAAGCUUAUCCGGAGAAGUUGGACAGACUGAUGCAGUUAGUUGCUGAAUUGGAAUCUACUCCUUUCUCAAUGGGUCCAAAUUCGACCCAGCUUUGGAUUCGGGAGUUCAACAAUUACCGUCAAUACUUUGCGGACAGCAAUCAAGGCUUUUAUGAUACACUUAGAGCGUUUUUGAAGAUUUCUUUUAAUAAACAAUGGUCUUCUUUUCUCCACUGGAAGCCUGGACCAAACGGCCAUGAAUACGUUAACAAAUUCUAUUUUACAACAGCUUUUAAAAUCCCAGAUUGGAAUGUUAGGACACAACUAUUACUUAUUUGGAGAAACAUCACAUCUGACUACUCUGAAUUCCAAGCAAUGGUAUUCGAUGAGAACAACUUUUUCAGUGAUCAAAUGUUGGAAUUGAAACAGACGACACUCAGUUCCUUGGGAACUGCAAUUCUGGCAAUGAUUUUAGUCUGUAUUCUUUUCAUUGCUGAUUCUGCAAUAGUAUUUUGGGUUUCAUUUAUGCUUGUUUCAAUGGAUAUUGGAGUGUGCGGAUGUCGCGAUCCUGAUGAGAGAAUAGCCGAUUCUCUAGGGGCCAUAGGCUGGCCAGUUGUACAGGCUGGUGUUUCAACCAUGCUUUGUAUUGUAGUAAUGCUCUUGGUGCCUUCCAAUGUUGUUAGAAUGUUUGCCAGGACUAACAUACUUGUUGUUUCCACGGGGUUGUUCCAUGGCCUCUUCCUUCUUCCUAUCAUCAUUCGCUCAUUUGCAUUUGGAGUGGGGGAUUCUGUUAAGGAAACCGGAGAGGGUAAUCUAAAAACAAUGUCUGGAACGGAUAUUACACAAAAUGCUUUAAUGAAUGCUGGGCAUUCAAAGAUUGCUAAAGUUGGACCUGUAGCUAAUUUGAAGCCGGACAAUGUUAAAAACAAAGAAGAAUGCGAAUUUCACAAAUCUUAUAAUCAAAAAUCAACUAAUACUUCAAAUGUGAAAGAAUCAUUAGUUAAUAAUGGGGAGAGAAUCAGCCAGAUCAACAAAGGGUCUGGUAUGUUCAUUAAUUAA